CAGGAAAAAAAAAAACAAAGUGUUCAUCAAUGGAUUGAUCUUUAGAGUUCUGUUUCUAAAUUUGAUUAAAAAAAAAAGAAAAGAAUGCCUAAACAGGAAACUUGGAUCGGCAUUCCUGGUGACGGAAGAUGUCUGUUCCGUUCAGUAGUUCAUGGCGCUUGGCUGAGGGCGGGGAAGCAGUCUCCAAGUGAGAGCCAUCAGAAAGAACUUGCAGAUGAGCUCAGAGCUAAAGUUGCAGAUGAAUUCAUCAAGAGGAGGGCUGAUACUGAGUGGUUUGUUGAGGGUGAUUUUGACAACUAUGUUGUGCAGAUGAGGCAGCCUCAUAUUUGGGGAGGAGAACCUGAGCUGCUUAUGUGCUCACAUGUCCUACAGAUGCCAAUAACAGUUCACAUGAGGGAGAAGAGUUCUGGUAUCCUCAAAAUUAUAUCCGAGUAUGGUCAGGAGUAUGGUAAGGAAAACCCUGUUGGACUUCUGUAUCAUGGUUAUGGACACUAUGAUGUAUUGCGCGGUCCAGUAAGCAGUGCCUCUUCUAAACUCUUUGCAAGUCCAUUGGUAGAAAACUGUUGGCCUUGCUCUAUUCUGCUGUACUUAACCAAAAAUUUACCGAUAGUUGUUUGCUUUCAACAAAUUUGUACUGCUGGUUUUGGUAGGCGGAAAAGAAGAUGAUUGGGGAUAGUUGCACUGUGAACCUGGUGUUGCAGGGAAUUCUGUACUGUAAUGCCUUGGCGAACGUAAUGAUAUCUCUUUAGUUUUUAGGGAUAAAUUACUCAUUCAUGAAUUUGAAAUAAUGUUGUAAAUUUGAUAAAGUGAUAUAGAUCAAUUGUCCUUGACCUUGCCCAUAAAAGGUUGAGAGAAAUGGUAGAGGUGCAAGAUUAAACUUUUAAAAGGAAUUUAUUGUUAAUGGUAACAUAAUACUUUACCCUUUUAUUA